UUGCCAUAUACUGAAAAGUCGAUAAAUUUUGAAGGCAGAAAUAAUGGGACAGUGCCUUGGGAAACUGGACGAUCGACAUUUACCUAGGGAAACGGUGACUUUUUCCACACUGAGUCCGCCCCAAGCAUGUGCUGCUCCAGCAAUACCUCCUCGGAUUCCUCUGACCAACAUACAGAGACAACAACAAGGAAAUAAUGGCCAAUUCUCCAUCCAGUUACAAAAUCAGGAAUAUCCAGAACGAGUCUUAGUAGCCGCUAUAGAUUUAGGAACCACAUUUUCUGGCUAUGCAUUUUCGUUCCGUCACGAUUAUCUUUCGGACCGCUUGCGGAUCAGUACCAACCUCUGGCCACAUAACAAUGGAAUGUCACUGAAAGCACCAACCUCUAUCUUGUUAGAUCAAAACGGAGUGGUGAAAGCAUUUGGAUACGAGGCCAUCAAGAUGUACGGUGAUUUGGCCGAGUAUAACCAACAUACUGCAUACUAUUUCUUCAACAAGUUUAAAAUGAAUCUUUACCAACAAGGAGGACUUUCAACAGACUUGAAACUUCAUGAUAUCUCUGGGAAGACAAUGGCCGCAGUUGAUAUUUUUGCAAAAGUUAUUGGAUAUUUAAAGCAGCACUUGUUAACCCGAAUAAAAGACAUAGACUCGAAACUCACCUUGUCUCCCAGUGACAUUCAAUGGGUUGUGACAGUUCCUGCUAUAUGGGAUGACAAAGCCAAAUUUUUUAUGAGAAAAGCCGCUGAGAAGGCUGGCAUUGAAGGUCGAAAUUUGACCUUAGCUCUCGAACCGGAAGCAGCAUCUUUAUUUUGCCGGUACAGCCCUACUUAUCAGAGCAAUGUCCAAGAGAACACCCAUAUAUUUGACAUUUUCAAACCAGAAACAAAAUAUAUGGUUGUUGACCUGGGUGGUGGCACAGUGGACAUCACGGUUCAUUGCGUUCACGAAGGUGGUGCUCUAGAAGAACUGUAUCAACCUACAGGUGGUUAUUGGGGCGGCACAACUGUUGACGACGAGUUCUGUUCCCUCCUUGUGGGAAUUUUUGGUCAAGAAGUGUAUAAAGAAUUUCAAGAUAAAUUCACAUCUGAUGUGAUUGAACUAUUUCAAGAAUUUGACGUAAAAAAACGCGUUUUUGAACCAGGACAGAAUAUGCCUGUGUCAAUUAAGAUAUCUGCUUCUUUAGUCGAGUUGUACAGGAGACACGCUGGAAGAGAAAUUCAGGAAGUGUUAAACACUCAACAAACUCAAGACGUCAAAAUUAAGAGAGAUAAGCUUCAGAUUUCUCCUCAAGCUUUUAUUCACUUAUUUGACAAGUCCAUUUCCAGUAUUGUAUGUCACAUUCAAAGCUUACUUGAAAUGACAAAUGUCUCGGGCGUAACUGCUCUUUUAUUAGUGGGUGGUUACGCUGAUAGCCAUGUUGUCAGGGACGCUAUCGUAUAUCACUUUCCGAAUCUUCAAAUCAUCCAUCCUCAGGAGGCUGCCUCCACUGUUCUUAAAGGAGCAGUGUUAUUUGGACACGAACCCCGAGCUAUCGAGGCAAGAGUAUGUAAAUACACAUACGGUAUCGCAAUGUCUGUGCCGUUUAAAGAGGGUGUUCACGAUCCAGACAAAAAGAGAUUCGUUAAUGGAGAAGUCAUAUGUGACGAUGUGUUCGAUGUCCAUCUUCAAGUUGGCCAGCAAGUGUCUCUGUCAGGUACUCGGAGUGGAAAACCUUACAAUGUCUACAGUGGACAGUCGCACUCUUUACUAGAAGUCUACGCCUCCUCUGUACCGUGUCCAAAGUACGUCACCGAAAGCUGGUGCACAAAAAUAGGAUCAGUGGUUCUCGAGUUACCUUCAGAUAUGAAAGAAGAUGAAAAAAUUGUUGUAGGUCUAUAUUAUGGCGGAACCGAACUGGGGGUUUAUGCCUGGAAUUCAAAAACUGGAUCACAAACCCAUGCCUUUUUCGAUUUUUUGGGAUAAAAAUAAUUGUAGUGAUUUUGUUUGAGCAAACCAAUCAAAAACUACAUUCAUGCUUCUAAUUAUCAAAAAUUGAAGGAUAAACCUCAAGACAAUCGCUUGCAUCUAUUCAAGGAGGGAAACCUGAAUUUAACAUUUUGAAACUUUUUUAAAUCAGAUAUCCACGUUAUUCUAUACUUAUCAUUAAGACUGUAUGUCACUUGUGACUUUGAUUCGAUUGAAAUGCAAAGAGAUUCUUUGACUGGAUUUGAAAUUAACUGCGAUUUAUAAAAAAAAAAAAGAAGCUUUAUAAGAACCCUUAACAUUUCCAAGCAAGAUAAUUUACUGGAAAAUUACUUUAUUGUUUAUGGUUCAUAUAUGUUCAUAUUCUUCGAUAAUUAGAUUAAAUAGGCAAAAUAAAGCAAACCGAGAUAUGUAAAACCUAUAAUUCUGUUCCACACUUUCAAACUUUUUUUAGGAAGCCCUACGCUGGUCUAUAUUUAUUGCAAAUUCGUUAAACACAUUUAAGUCUGGAAAAGUAAAAGAUUUUGGCAUGGUGAAAACUCCUUCAACAUCUUGAAUCCCUGUAACCACAACAAUUGUUGAUUAAUUACUAUUAUAUCUAAAGAUGCUAGAAUUAUUUUUAAAGCAGUUUUUAGAAUGAACUCUAAUUUAGACGUUUAACCUGUCGCGGUAACCUAGUAGUAGGGGGCUCGCUUCGUGAUUGGGAGGUGCCGGGUUCGAUUCUCGUUCCCGGGGCCCCAACAAACCUAAGACGUAUAGGAAGUGGCUGUUCCUUUGCUACGCACCCGGCACUAGAAGUGAAAAUCACUGGUCCUUAGACCUUAAAAACAGAGGACCGUGUCACGGUAGGCGUUUGCACGAUUAAGAACCCUCACUGCUCAGUCGCCUUGAGUGCCAAGUAAAGGACUAAGGAAUCCCUUCACCGGUUUUAUCAUGAUGACGUCUCAGUUGAUGAAAAAUUCUCGGAAGGGACUUAAAACAUCAAACAAUCUUAUUACGUGUCCUGCACACUCCAUGACUUGUGACGUCUAUUCACUGACGACUAGCCUGGCACCGCUUUUAAAAGAGUCUUACAAAGGCUUCAAAGAUGAUGGUUUCUAAAUGGAAAAGUAUGCUUUGAACUGAGAGGGACAUCCUAAUUAAUCAUAAACAAUGAACUGAACACAUGGCACAAUCAUGGGGUGACCGAAAGAAAAAAAACUGUUGAUAUUUUCAAUAAAAGAGCAACAGACCUUUCGAGUUUUGUAGCUUAUAUAAUAAUUAGAAGAUAAUAGGUAUAUCUAUGAGAAAACUUUAUAUUAUUUAUACUUUAGGCUAAUCAGUACGUUUGUUGUGAAAAUGAUUAUUUUUGCAUACUGAUUUAUGCGUUUCAAUUAUACCUAUCCCAUUGUGUGUUCAUAAAUAUUGGUAACUAGAGUGUUUCAAGGAACGCAUGUGUCGCCUGCUUUGUAGCUUCAUUAAAGGU